GUCCUUUUCGAAAUCAAACGUUGCAAUUACAGGCUUCCCGCCAGUUCCGUUAGAUUUCUUUCGUUUCAUUAAUAAGUUUUCUACUGAUGUCUGUACAGUCUGGCAAGUCAGCAGCUGUAGACUUCUGGUGUUGGGAUGAAGUAGUUCGCAAGACUAAAUCUACAGUUCUUGUUCUUGAGUCUCUGAGAUCAGAACAACAGCAGAUAUCUGCUGAUUUAGAUUUAAUAGCGAAUUCAAAAGACGCCGAUCAGCACGAUAUUUUAUAUGCCAAGGAAAAAGCAUCUUCUUUGGAUUCAAUCAUUCAAAAAAUUUGUAAAGGUUUGGAUGAUGCCAACGUUGUAAUAUUAUUUUGUGACUACCUUCAAAAAGUAGAAGCAGAAAAACAAAAGUUACGGUAUCAAAGUCGUCGGCUUUUUCAGGAGAACUCUUGGUUGAGAGAUGAACUUGCGGUUGCCCAAGAAGCACAUAGGAAAAGUGAACUAAAGAUAGUUCAACUUGAAGAAGAAGUAAAGCAUCUUCAAUUUAGCAGUGAAUUGCGAAAAUACGACUCUUCUGAACCCGUGGAAUCCUCGGGACUAACCGAUGGUGAGAAAAACAAUGAUAAAACUGCCCUUGAUCUUGGGUUUCCUCCUGAUGAUAAAGAAGAAGGAGAUCAGUAUGGAAUGACACAGAGUCAAACCGUCUCCAUGUCACAGGGUGUUCAUAAUUACGAAAUACCAACGCGUUUGCGAACACUUCAUAAUUUGGUAAUACAGUAUGCUAGUGAAGGUCGUUAUGAAGUAGCGGUCCCACUGUGCAAACAAGCUUUAGAGGAUCUCGAAAGGAACAGUGGACGUAAUCACCCUGAUGUUGCGACAAUGCUGAAUAUUUUAGCUCUUGUAUAUCGUGAUCAAGGAAAAUACAGAGAAGCUGCAACAUUAUUGAAUGAUGCCCUAACGAUUCGAGAAAAGACGUUGGGACCUGAACAUCCUGCUGUGGCUGCGACUUUAAACAACUUGGCUGUGCUUUAUGGUAAACGUGGAAAAUAUAAAGAGGCGGAACCAUUGUGUAAAAGGGCUUUGCUAAUUAGGGAGAAUGUUUUGGGGCAGGAUCAUCCGGAUGUUGCUAAACAGUUAAAUAAUUUGGCUUUAUUGUGUCAAAACCAAGGGAAGUAUGAAGAGGUGGAGUUGUACUAUCAACGAGCUUUGGAAAUUUAUAUACACGAUCUCGGACCAGACGAUCCAAAUGUAGCUAAAACUAAAAAUAAUUUAGCUUCAGCCUAUCUUAAACAAGGUAAAUAUGCUGAAGCUGAAAAAUUAUAUAAAGAGGUACUUACACGAGCUCAUGAAAAAGAAUUCGGAAAAAUUUCUGAUACAAACAAACCUAUUUGGAUGCUUGCAGAAGAACGUCAGUCCGGUCAGUUAACCAAUGCAAAUAAAGAUAUUAGUGAAACUGUUCAAUCAAUGUGGUCACGUAUUUCUCGUUCAGAAAAUCCAACUGUCGGUACAACUCUUCGAAAUUUGGUUGCCCUUUAUCGUAGACAAGGUAAAUUCGAUGCGGCUGAUAUAAUUGAUGAGUGUGCUUCAUACUCUAAGACGUCAUCAUCUGUUUCUGAACCUGACUAUGAACAGUUGGAACAUAAGCCACGAUUUCCAAUCAAUGAUCAAUAUCCUAGGCGAGGUUAUCCACGCCAUCCAUAUCAGCGUGUUGAAGAUAGAUCUAUGAUCACUUCUUCACGUAGUCUACUUGGCCCUCCGAAUGGUCACCCUAUCAAUAGACGAUCAUUUCCUCCUAGUCGUGGGUUUUUCAGCAUCAAAAAGGCCCAAUCAAUGUCAACCCUACCAGGAAGCUCUAAUAAUAAGAUGUUUUAUAUGCAGCAGGAAAGGCUUAGACAACUGUGUAGUGGUUCAACUAAUUCAAAAGAAAUUUAUUCCCAAGAUGGUCAUACUAAUAACAGUAAUAAUUAUUUUCCCCUUGAUGGCUAUGGUACACGAUCCCAAUAUAUGUUUGACUUCAACCCAUCUUUAAACAACAGUUUGAAUAAUUAAUUCCUUCUUCUUUUGCGUUUAUGGUCUAUUUAAAAUUAUGAAAUUAGCAAUUACACUUGUGUUUCAAAAUAUCCUCUUUCGUUAUUUUUUACUUGUUUGUUUAUUCUCACCUCUGAUCCAUAGUAAAGGUUAUUACUUUCUCUCUAUGUUUACCUACUUAUGUGUGUAAAGUGUGACUAGGUGAGUAAUUGUGUUGGUAGGAUUGAAAUAUUAUUUCUUUGUUUUUAUUUAUAUGGAAAUUUAUUUGUCUUUUCCAUCCUGUUGCCGUUGUUUGCUGUCAUCAUCAAUAGGAUAACCGGUCGCGAUUAUUAUACUGUGAGCUCUAAACAUUAACUUAUAUCAUUACUUAAUUUUUGGCUGUGAUGAAUCAAUUGUGCAGAUCUAUAUGUGAACUUUGUUCAGUUUUAUUCGAAAAAACGUUGCACACAUGUUAUUAAAAGAAAACUGCUCAUGUGUGUGUGCAUUCGUGUACGUGUGUGUUACUUCACGAUUUCCCUUGUUUUGUUUUAUGUUGCUGAAUUAAGUUCCUUUUUUAGGAGCUGUGUAUCUCGAGUGUCAUAAUUCAUUUUCAAAGAAAAAGAUGUAAUGAAACACUUAUUCAGCUAUAAUUUAUAAAGAACAAUAUUUGUGUCUUCAUUCGCUAUAACUGAUACAUCUUUGCAAAACGGUAUAAAUCAAUGCGUUUUCUUCUCUAUAGUCCCUUAUAUCUUGAUUAUUAUUUUGUUUUAUCAUUGUUCAUUUUUGUGAAUGCAAUAAAAACGUGCGCCUAAAUUUUGUUCAGCUGUUUUCUCCAUGUCAAACUGACCACAUUCCUGUUUCUCCCUCUGUGUCAAUCUCUAUACAUCUCUCAAACCGUGUCGUUGGUGCUUAUCUUUGUGCACAUCUCAAACGUAAGAUAAGGAUAUAUGGAUAUAUUUUUGUUUCGUGUUCUUUCAUAUUAAAAUACAAUUAUGCAUUUCUUAACAUAUUCAUCUCUUUUUCUACACAAAUAUGUCUUCCUUUUUAAACUACAAUUAACCUGAUGGGACUCUUAUCCACUCCUAUGUAUCCUCAUCGCGUAUGACAAAUUUCUUUCAGUGUCUAAAAUUGCCUCCCUAACUAGGUUUAUGCUGAAACUACUAAACACCUACGCCAAAAUUAGUUGCCAUAGCUUUGUUCAUAAGGUGAAUGUUGAGUAGGGUUUUUCGAUCUACAAUACAUUGUUAAUGAAUAGAUACAUACCUGUUAGCGUGAAAUCAGUUUAUGACAGCC